AUGGCUGUUUCAUUUUUUUUCUUUAUUUGUCAUUUAGAGACUCGCAGCCACAGUAUAAAAGGCAAGCGUGUCACAGCGUCUACGCGAAAGGACCACACCCAUCCUUUAACCACAGUUUCCGCUAAUUAUUCAUUUCACGUGGAUAACUUAUUUUCCCUUUCCCGCACAAUAUAUUAUCACAAACUAACUUUCUUUUCUUUCUUUCUUUCUUUCUUUUUUUCUUUCUUUCUUUCUUUCAAAAAUCUACUUUCUUUCUUUCUUUCUUUCUUUCUUUCUUUCUUUCUAAUAAUCAUUCCGUCCAAAAAGUUUUUACUAAUUCAUGCUAACGCCAUAAUCUUCUUUCUUUCUUUCUUUCUUUCUUUCUUUCUUUCUUUCUUUCUUUCUUUCUUUCUAAUAAUCAUUCCGUCCAAAAAGUUUUUACUAAUUCAUGCUAACGCCAUAGUCUACUUUCUUUCUUUCUUUCUUUCUUUCUUUCUUUCUUUCUUUCUUUCUUUCUUUCUUUCUUUCUUUCUAAUAAUCAUUCCGUCCAAAAGUUUUUUACUAAUUCAUGCUAACGCCAUACUUUCUUUCUUUCUUUCUUUCUUUCUUUUUUUUCUUUUUCUUUCUUUCCGUAAAAGUUUUUCUAAUUCUUUCUUUCUUUUCUUUCUACUUUAA